CUCAGCGACUCUUUCCUCCCUGUACUCAUCAGAGUUGGUUGGGCCCCUCCCUCGUCUCCAUCCCCCAGGCGUCACCCCUCCCUUUCGCACACAACUACACACCAGGAGACGGAUUCAAGAUGGCUUACCCCGCGGCUUACCCGAACUGGGUCUUCUCCAUGUUCGCCUUCAUUGGUUUCCUCUGUUGUGCUAUUCCCUUCCCCUGGCACUUGGAAGCUUGGAAUACUGGGACAUGUCUUUACAUGUUUUGGACGGGCCUUGGGUGCCUCUUCCAAUUCGUUAACUCGAUCGUUUGGAAUCGGAAUGCAAUUAACUGGGCUCCUGUCUGGUGCGACAUCACUGCAAGGUUUAUCGUUGGAUGCUCUUGGGCCAUCCCUGCUGCCUCGCUUUGCAUCAAUCGUCGCCUCUACCACAUCGCCUCUGUGAGGUCGGUCACCAUCUCCAGGGCUGAGAAGCGCCGUGCCAUCAUGGUCGACUUGGCCAUCGGCUUGGGUCUCCCCAUCCUUGGAAUGAUCCUCCAAUACAUCCCCCAAGGCCACCGCUUCAACAUCUUCGAGGAUGUCGGUUGCUACCCCUUCACCUACAACACCCCCGUCGCUUUCGCCCUUGUCUGGUGCCCUCCCGUCGCCAUCGGCCUCGUCUCCGGUGUCUACUGCGUCCUCAGCAUCCGGAACUUCUGGAAGCGACACAACCAAUUCUCGGAACUCCUCUCCAACCACAGCAACCUCACCUCCAACCGUUACAUCCGCCUCAUGGCCCUCGCCGCCACUGACGUUCUCCUCACUGUCCCCUUGGGCAGCUGGGCCAUCUCCCUCAACGUCUCCAUGGGCAUCCACCCCUGGUUGGGAUGGGAGGAUACCCACCGAGGCUUCUCUCGCGUCGACCAAUUCCCCGCCAUCCUCUGGCGAAGCGACAAGAUCACCGAGAUUUGCAUCGAGUUCACCCGCUGGAACAUUGUCGUUUGCGCCCUCGUCUUCUUCGCCUUCUUCGGUUUCGCCGACGAGGCCCGCAAGCACUACAAGUCCGCCGUUUCAACCGUCGCCAAGAAGAUGGGCUACUCCACCUUCUCCUCCACUGGAAGCGGUACUGGCAUCUUUGCAUCCACUGGCAGCCGCUCGCAAGCCACCGACAGCAUGGGCAAGAUUCGACCUAUUCCUCCCAUCCACGUCCACUCCGACAUGCUCCAGCGCCACCGCUCUAUCGAUUCGUUCACCAACGUUUCUGUGACCGACACUCCCAUCGACGAGAAGGAGAAGGGAUUCUCCCCUACCGCCUCUUAUGGUGCUUUCACACUCUCCGACGUUGGCGGUACCCUUGCCGACUACUCGCCCAGCACCGGGUCAUCGGCUUCCAGUAUCUCUUCCCCUGAGCAACCCCGCUCUCCUUCGAGGCUCUCGAACAACGACCAGCCCACCACCCUCGCCGUCCCCGAGCCGGCACGUCACCAAAGUGACAGGUCUGCUGUAUAAAACACGCCCUUAACAUUCAGCACGCUGGUUCCGUUGUUUAUUGCUUCUAUUAUUCCCCCCUCACACUGUAUCGACCGCCCGUAAUGUGUUUCCCUUCCUUUUGUUCCAACUACCCACUCUUCAUCUUCGUGACAAACGCACUGCAUACCCACUUUGGUUCGUUUUCUGAUGUAGCAUUAUAACUCAACCCACCACCACUGUAGCUUUAGUAUGACUCGAUUGGGAUCUUGGAUUAUACCAGGCCUAGUACAUUUCUCUAUCACUCUGUACACGGUAGAAAGUAACUCCCUAAUAGUAGGGGUUCAAAAUAUGACUUGCUUCAAACAUA